GGGAGCGGCCGACCUGUGAUCCCCUGGCUCUUCGCCCAGUUCCUCAGGCCCCAUGUGACUUGCUGGGGUUCUGUCUUUUGUCAUGCGACCCCUUUGACCAUCAGGGUUCUGAGUAGGUGCUGGCUCAGCAAUCCGAAGGUCAACCCUGUUACGACGGUACAGUGAUCCAUUCACUUCGACCAAGUAGGAGCGUGGUGCCACUUUCUGUACACAGGAUCCGAGUCUUCAGAGGCCCGUCCGGUCCCCUGGUAGUGGCGUCAUCCACACCGUUUCACCCACCCUGAGCUCAGUGGUGUUUCUGCUCCCAGCCUUUAGCAACAUGUCCAUUGUCUCCUUCAACCUUGAGCACACUCUGACCUGGCUGCCUGGUUCAGGGACUCCUGCCAACACCCACUUCACAGUUCAGAUCCUCAGGAAGAACUCAUGUGAAGGAUUGUGCCAGGUUGAAGACCAACCAGCCAUAUGACCUCUUUAACAAGUUCAAGGAUUCCUUCUGUUACUGUCAGGCCCGUGUUCAGGCCUUCACCCUUAGCCAGAAGUCCAACUGAGUGAAACUUUAGUCUGCUCUUUUAAUUUGGAAAUUGAAAAAUAUUGUCCAUUCUAGUGGUCCUCAUUACAUCAAUUUGUUGAUAGAAUUUACUUGUAUAGAAUCAUUGUCUUCACUUUAACCCCUGACCUCCUUAUUGCAGCAGUGUUGGGCCCUCUAGUGGUGUCCAUGUCAGGCAGUGGGAACUGCCUGCUCCUGCAGGUCACUCCCCCUACAUCCAGGGACCUACAGCGCUCCCCCCCCCACAGCUCCUCUUCAGGGAGAUCACCUGCCAGAUGCGGCGGAGCAGUGACGGGGCCCAGUGCUUGCAGAGCUGCCUCAACCUCAGAACCUGACUCUGCUCACCCUGAACACACAGUACGUACUGACAUGGGACUGGGACCAGACGGCCACAGGCAACGCUGUUACCUUCACUGUAGAGUACAUGGCGAAGUACAAGAUGAUGAAGAAGAAGAAGAACUGGAGCCGUGUCUGUGAAAGGACCACACACACCCGCUGUGACCUCACAGAUUCUGAUCUGCACUACCUGGGAAUGUACGUGGUCCGAGUCCAAGCCAGCGCAGACGGAGUCAACUCACACUGGGUCUACAAAGACUUCUGCCCUGAUAUGGAUGCUUCGUUGGGCCCACCGUCCAGGGUGGAGCUGGCUCCUGUGGGGAACCUGCUGGAUGUGACCAUCUCUGAUCCCCUGACCAGCACCCAGGGCUCCAUGAAGGAACACGUCCUCUUCCUGUACUACCGCAUCCUGUACUGGAGUCUCUCUGAUGACCCUCAGGGUCUGAAGCCUAAAGUGGUGGACUCUAGCAACAACCUGGUGACGCUGCCUGAGCUGGAGGCCUGGACGUGGUACUGUGUCAUGAUCCAGUCUCGCUACGACUACUACAACAAGACUAGCGGCUACACAGAACCCCAGUGCAUGCAGACAGAGGGUGACACCCCGUACGGGCAGAUCUUCCUGUACUUCCUGGUCUCCAUGGUGGUGUGUUUCCUGCUUGUGUUGCUUCCCUCCUACACCUUCUUCAGGUUCUACAGAGUCCUCAAAAACACCUUUUACCCCUCUAUCCAGCUGCCUGCACACAUCCAGGAGUACCUCUGUGACUCCUCCCCCGGCUCCGACAUGCCCCGCCUCCUCACUGCUGAUUCAGAGGCGGAGCUGUGCUGUGAUAAGCUGACCAUCUGUCCUGAGGUGGUGCUACUGGAGAUACACCUCCCUCCUCCCCUCACAGCGCCCCCCUCAGAGCUGGAGCAGGACAGCGGCAGGCACAUCCGCCAGGACAGCGGAGACUCCGGGAUCUACUCCACAGAGGGAGGCUCCGCCCAGCAGGGUCGUAGUGGUGGGGAGCCAAUCAGGAGAGACCAGGAAGUGGACUCCUGGCAGACACUGGAGCAGGUCAAGAUGGAUGAGAUGUGGAGAGAGUCGGCCGACGAAAGAGAUCUGGACGAGGGGGUUGUGGAUGUGUGUGUCUGAGGAAAAAUGGAGAGAGGAGAGCUGGGUAGAAAGACCAUCAAUGAUGGUUGGCGAUUGGUAAUGAGGAAAUUAGUGGUCGCACAGAAUGUUCUCAAGUCUCCGUCUUGCUGCCUCCUCAAAGGACACUGUGAAGAUGAUGACGUCUGAGCCAAAGACGCAUCGUCACCUGUCCUGCCUGCAUUAAAGGAAAAAUCUACUCCAAAACUAUCUUAUGAUAUUGUUUCAUUAGUCCACUGUUGAUACAGACCCAAAAUGUUUUGCAUGUCAACAGAUAAGUUUUCAAGAUAUUGGACUUUCAAGAAGCAAAGUGUCACCAGAUUUUAAAAUGCAUCAUUGUGUGGCAAGUGACACUUUGCUUCUUGAAAGUCCAAUAUCUUAAACUUGUCUGUUGACAUGCAAAACAUUUUGGGACUGUAUCAUCAGUGUACUAAUGAAUCCCAUGUUGCUGUGUGUUUAAGGGUGUAGAAACAAGCUUAAAAGUGUCAGAUUUGGUAUGGGGGCCCAUUGACUUCAAGAUGUCUAAAAGACCCCAGUCUGUCUUUUCUAUGGCCAGGGUAAUGACUGACAUGUUUUAGUGUAGUUUGGAACACGUCUAUCUCAUCUCAGACUCGGCUGGUCCCAGCCAAAGGCGUACUUUCUGUUUCCAGUGAAUUCUGAGACAGUUGGUCCAUUAGCAUCCUGUGAAGUGUGUGAAUCCAAGGUGAAACAGGGUAGCUAGUUGUGUUUAAACAACAGGGUGUCAGUUUUAACAAUUUCAAUCACACAAAUCAACCUAUUUUCCAGUCAAGACAUCUUCUUUAAAAGGAAUGGUUCUGGUUAAUUUAUCUUCAAAACGAAUCCUGUCGGGUGUGUGUGUGUGUGUGCGCCUUGGAUAGAUAAGACAGUACAUUGGCAGCAGAGCUUUUGGUGUGUGGGCGUGUGUUGUCAGUGAAGUACUGCAUGUCUGAGAGUCCCGUGUGUGUGCGCUCUUAGGAUAGAUGAUAGACAGUACAUUGGCAGUAGCGUAUUUGGUGUGUGUGUGUGUGUGUUGUCAGUGUAAGUACUGUAUGUCUGAUAGUCCAUUGUGUACAUAGUUAAUCCACGUAGUCCGGGUAGCCAUUUGAAGAGCUUGUUUAGCAGUCUUAAGGCUUGGUUAUAGAAGCUGUUCAGGGUUGUGUUGGUUCCAGACGUGGUGCACUGUGGUUGCUCGAGUCUUUCACUAUUUUUGGGACCUUCCUCUUGACACCGCCUGGUAUAGUGGUCCUGGAUAGCAGGGAGCUCUGCCCGGGUGAUGUAUUGGGCUGUAAUCCGUGGUGGUUUGCUAACCCUGCCACAUCUGACUGCCUGUUUUUUUUUUUUUUUUUAAUUAUGUUACUUUUAGAAACAUUUAAUUAGUUUGUCCUUUUAUGAUUCUUAUAGAAUCUGACAUCAGGAAGUGUCAUGUUUUCUCUCUGAUACCUUAUUAUUUGACUUCAUCUUUGUUUUGAAAGGUGCUUUGGUCCGACUGUUACUGGUUGGAUCCCUGAAGGUCUAUGUUUAUUGAUGUCUCUUCCUCUUUCUGAUGGUUUGUUCUCUGAGGUGGAACAACUUCCACCUAGGGCAGGUCUGCCCAACCCUCUUCCUGGAGAUCUACUGUCCUAUAGGUUUUCAGUCCAACCCUAAUUUAACAUAUCUGAUUCAGCUAGUUAAGGUCUUGUUGAGCAGCGAAUUAGUAGAAUCAGGUGUGUUUAAAUUAGCGUUGGACUGAAAUUCCAACAGGACGGUAGAUCUCUAGGAAGAGGGUUGGGCAGCCCUGGACUAGAGGUUUUUCACAACAUUUUGUCAAAGUUAAACAAGGAAAUAAGCAGCAUAAUUUGGAUAAAAUGUGACAUGAAACAAAAUGCAUCAACCAAUAACCAUACCUUGCAUCUGUCAAAGCCUCAUAACCACAGCCAAUGCAAAUGUUUAUCGUCUAUGCUUUAUACCUAGCUGACGUCUGACGCAGCUUUAUAAUUACCUGCUGUGAGUUAAGUAGUCCUGGUGAAUAGUGUUCCCAAAAAAUUGUCGCAUUUAUAUCGUUGUGCAUGCUGUACAAUACUGAACAUGCUGUAAACUAUUGCUUCCAAAUGGAGUUGAAUUGAUAUUAAAGAAAGUAUCUCAUCUCAUA